GAGUGGAUACAGGGGACACAGAGAUGGGGACAAUUCAGGGCAAAACAUACUUAGUGGCCCAUGGGGACAUUAGCACUUUCCUCGCACUGCUUGCUUACGCGUACACAGAAAAACACAGGUCUAUGCGACCGUCUGAUUGAAAUAGGGGAGUUUUUUUCAGCUGCAGGCUUAAAACGUGGGGACAUGGCACCCAGAUGACUUCAUUGAGAUAAAGUGGGUAUAGAGUCCCUUUAACCCAAAAUAUAGUGGCUUAGAGCUGGAGGGUCUACCCCCUUUUGCCUGCUGUUUGUAUGACGUAUGUAUUAAUUGACCUCUCUCAUUGGUUCUCCUGAGAGGUAUGAAGUUCUCCUUCUCUGUGUGACUGCCUCUGCAUCCUGAAACUGGAUCUGAACUCUCUGACUUGUGGUCGUCAUCACGCUCCUUUUUUAAGGCAGACGUGAUGAGCGAUCAGAGGGAGCGGACAUUUGUGUGGGUUCAUCCGCCCUCUGAUGAGGAGACACCUGAAAGACCUUAUGUCGAGGGCUUUGGCCCAAUUAAUGGCGAUGAAGAGAGUGCUGUGUUUAUCGAGCAGUGUGGGGUGCUCUUGGACUGUCAUGAUGAUGUUUCAGAGUCAGCUCCUGGUGAAGAGAGCGAGGAGAGUUUAUUUGACCCCGAUAAGAAAGACCUACUCUCUAGUAGUCCGUCUGUGAAGCCAGGCCCCAGUGGCAAGAGCGCCAGCAAGCUAUCCAAUAUCAUCGCCCAUCUUCAGAACUUGGCGAGUGAGCGGGAGUCUACACGGAGAGAGACAAUAGUGGAGGACUCAGGUGGGUUUCAGAUGGGAAAUAGUCCUUACACCUUUACCAACGAGGGAAUGGCCUUUGAAGAACACACAGAAAGUCUAGCCUCCGCAAGGGCUCACUCGCACUCUUCAGAUCAAAGGCUAAAGGCAUUUAAAGCCAUAAAAAUCCUACAGGACACGGACGCAAAAGACAAAAAGUAUAUUUGUGUAGAGUGUGGAAAAACGAGUCGUUAUAAAUCUGCUUAUUUGCGGCACAAGCGAACGCACACAGGUGAGAAGCCUUUUAGUUGCACAGAUUGUGGGAAAUGUUUUCGGAGAAGCUCCCAGCUUGUGACUCACCAGAGAAUUCACACUGGUGAGAAGCCCUACACUUGCUUACGUUGUGGCAAGAGUUUCAGUUGCAAUUCCACUUUGGUGACUCAUCAGAGAACCCACACAGGGGAGAAACCCUACACUUGCUUAGAGUGUGGAAAAGGCUUCAUCCACAGCUCCGACUACAAUAGACACCACCGGGUACACCGAGGGGAAAAACGCUACACAUGCAAAGAGUGUGGUAAAAGCUUCAGCCAAAGCUCUUAUCUGGUCAUUCACCAACGCAUUCACACGGGUGAGAAGCCGUUUGUGUGUAACGAAUGUGGGAAGUGCUUUAGCCGCAAUUCAUCACUGGUAACGCACCAGCGGGUGCACACAGGAGAGCGGCCCUACACAUGCGCCGAAUGCGGGAAGAGCUUUCGUCAAAGCUCCCAUCUCCUCAUCCAUCAGAGGACACACACACCAGACAGUCACCUGGCCCUGCGCGCUAUGAUGUGAGACGUUUUCAAUGUAACUGGGUCUCUGGUGGCCAACAGGGGAUUAUUGGUGCACAGUAGCUGCCCCCCUACCAAAGAUAGCAAGUAUGUAGGAAACUCCAGCAAUGCUCCAUCUACCAAGGGCUACAUCCAUCCCCUGCAAGACCAAGCUAAUGGACUUCUUGGUGCUAAUGGAGACACGUAGGAAAAACACAGUGACUGCCAUUGUAUUCCGUAUAGUUGGCUAAUGUUUCAGGUCAGCCAUGGCCAUCCCACAGCAGGCCCCUAGCCCUCUUCCCUUCUCUAGUCCCUGUCGCACUAUCUAUUUAUACACAAUAGCUAGAUAUUCCAUAAGAGCCCUAUCAGUGGUCUGGCUGUUCCCUGCAUAGCCCUGAUUGCAUGCUUCGGUCGCCAUUCACGAGCCGCUCGUAGUGUUUGCUAUCUUAUUAUGUUUAGGAUUUUGGUUGUUUCAUUUAAAAUGUGUUAAAUGAGAAA